AUGUCUUCCGACUGGACACACUCUUACUGCCUCACCUGCGACAAGCAGACAGACAGCACCACAUACUGCUCCGAGUCCUGCCGACUGGCAGAGUACGAACAGUCAUCGACCCCCAGCACCGGCCCAAGCUCCCCUGCCUUCAGCGGUCCUAGCUACCCAUGGGGAUAUUCGAAACCCGCAACGGGGUUGAACAAGCUCUACCUGUCACCAGCCUGUGACUUCAGCCAUUCAGCCGCGCAAUCGUCACAGCGUCGUUCCUCGCUCGCCUUGCCGCAGCGGGUCCUCUCACCAUCGAGCUCCCACGCCAGCCUGUGUUCGAUGAAGAGCACCUCCUCUGCCAGCACGGAAGCCGCGAUGCAACUAUCUGACGCGGCCAGGAAAGAGCUGCUCGCCUACGCGAGCUCGUUCGAGAACGCCCGAUCUUCACGGAGGCAGUCUCACUGA